UGUGUGUGAGAGGAAGGGAGGAGGGCCCCGGACAGACAGCGUGGCUGCAGUGCCGCAGCAAGACAACUCGUCCAGUCGACCAGCAGUUCAGCUGCUCAUAACAUCCUCAGCCUGAGCCCCUCUGACUGGACAUUUUGGGACAUAUUUUCUGUAACUGAACGCCUCACAACCCACAUCACGAGAGGAUUUAUUUUCGGUGUGGAGUAAGGGCUGCUGUCUCGGAAAGGUGGCACAGAAGCUGACAGACGGUAGAUAACAGCCUGCUUGUUUGCCCGGCGCCGGGAGCCACCAACCCGGGCCGUUUGGGACUGGUGGGGUUGGCUAGCUGGAGGGCUAGCAUUAGCUGGGGAGAGCCUCUCACACCAGCAUCCGUAAACACUUCGCUGCGUUGACGCCAACUCAACAGGCAUGAAGAUGGAUUGAAACAUGAAGGGUGGAACUGUCCCAUCAUCCAAAUAGGAGGGCGUCUCUCUUAGGUUGUGCUCACAGCUUAACUGUGUGACUGAGCUGGGAGACAUAGAGGAAGAUGCCUCCCAGGCCGUCCUCAGGGGAGCUAUGGGGCAUCCACUUGAUGCCUCCCAGGAUCCUGGUGGACUGCCUGCUGCCCAAUGGGAUGAUUCUUACCCUGGAGUGUCUCCGUGAGGCCACACUCAUCACCAUCAAACAUGAGCUGUUCAAAGAGGCCAGGAAAUAUCCCCUCCAUCACCUCCUACAGGAAGAGACGUCCUAUAUCUUCGUCAGUGUUACACAGGAAGCAGAGCGGGAAGAGUUCUAUGAUGAGACCCGAAGGCUGUGUGACCUCCGACUCUUCCAGCCCUUCCUCAAGGUCAUUGAACCAGUUGGCAACAGGGAGGAAAAGAUCCUCAACAGAGAGAUUGGUUUUGCCAUUGGUAUGCCUGUGUGUGAAUUUGACCUUGUGAAGGACCCAGAGGUUCAGGACUUCAGGAGAAACAUCCUGAAUGUUUGUAAAGACUCUGUGGAGCUGAGAGAUGCCAACGGGCCCCACAGUAGAGCACUGUAUGUUUACCCACCCAAUGUGGAAUCCACACAGGAACUUCCAAAACACAUCUAUAACAAACUGGACAAAGGUCAAAUUAUUGUUGUGAUUUGGGUGAUUGUUUCUCCAAACAAUGACAAACAAAAGUACACAUUGAAGAUCAACCACGACUGUGUGCCUGAACAGGUGAUUGCUGAGGCCAUUCGUAAGAAGACACGCAGCAUGCUGUUGUCACCAGAGCAGCUAAAGAUGUGUGUUCAGGAAUAUCAGGGUAAAUACAUCCUCAAAGUUUGUGGCUGUGAUGAGUACCUGCUGGAAAAGUACCCCAUCAGCCAAUAUAAGUAUAUCCGUAGUUGCAUCAUGCUGGGCAGGAUGCCUAACCUGAUGCUAAUGGCCAAGGACAGCCUAUACACUCAGUUGCCUACAGAUAACUUUGUCAUGCCAUCAUACUCUCGACGCAUCUCCACGGCAACAUCCUAUAUGAAUGGUGAGGCAGCUGCCAAGUCGCUGUGGACCAUCAACGGAACGCUGCGAAUCCGGAUCCUAUGUGCCACCUAUGUUAACGUCAAUAUACGGGACAUAGACAAGAUAUAUGUGAGGACAGGUAUUUACCAUGGAGGUGAACAGAUGUGUGACAAUGUCAACACUCAGAGAGUACCCUGCUCUAACCCCAGGUGGAAUGAGUGGCUCACGUAUGAUAUGUACAUCCCAGACAUACCCCGUGCUGCCAGACUCUGCCUGUCCAUCUGCUCUGUCAAGGGCAGGAAGGGAGCCAAGGAGGAGCACUGUCCACUGGCGUGGGGUAAUAUCAACUUGUUUGACUAUACUCACACUCUGGUGGCCAACAAGAUGGCUCUGAACCUCUGGCCUGUCCCUCAUGGCCUUGAAGACCUCCUCAACCCCAUAGGAGUCACUGGAUCCAACCCUAAUAAGGAAACCCCAUGUCUGGAGCUGGAGUUUGACCACUUCAGUAGUUCAGUCAAAUACCCAGAAAUGAAUGCAGUUGAAGAUCAUGCAAACUGGACCAUCUCAAGGGAACUGGGCUUUAACUACAACCUCUCUGGACAGAGCAACCGGUCGGCCAGAGAUCACGCCCUGACAGAGAGCGACACUGAGCAGAUAAGACAGCUGAGUAACAGAGACCCUCUUUCAGAAAUCACUGAGCAGGAGAAAGACUUCCUCUGGAGACACAGGCACUACUGCAUGAAUAUCCCUGAGAUCCUUCCUAAGAUCCUUCUCGCUGUCAAAUGGAACUCCAGAGAUGAAGUAGCACAGAUGUACUGUCUGUUAAAGGAAUGGCCAUCUAUCCGUCCUGAGCAGGCCAUGGAGCUGCUGGACUGUAACUAUCCCGACCCCAUGGUCAGGCAAUUUGCUGUGCGCUGUCUUGAAAAAUACCUGACUGAUGACAAACUGUCUCAGUACCUCAUCCAGCUUGUACAGGUAUUAAAAUAUGAGCAGUAUCUUGACAAUCCGCUGGCCCGUUUCCUCCUCAAAAAGGCCCUGACCAAUCAAAGGAUAGGUCAUUUCUUCUUCUGGCAUCUCAAGUCAGAAAUGCACAAUAAAACAGUGAGCCAGAGGUUUGGGCUGCUGCUAGAGGCUUACUGCAGGGCAUGUGGCAUGUACCUCAAACACCUGAGCAGGCAGGUAGAAGCCAUGGAGAAGCUCAUUAACCUCACUGACAUCCUUAAACAGGAGAAAAAGGAUGAGACACAAAAGGUCCAGAUGCGGUUUCUUGUGGACCAGAUGAAGAGACCGGACUACAUGGAUGCUCUGCAGAACUACACUUCUCCUCUCAACCCUGCACACCAACUGGGAAACUUGAGGUUAGAUGAAUGCAGGAUCAUGUCAUCAGCAAAGAGGCCAUUGUGGCUGAACUGGGAGAAUCCUGACAUCAUGUCCGAGCUGCUCUUUCAGAACAAUGAGAUCAUCUUCAAAAACGGAGAUGACCUGCGGCAGGAUAUGCUGACGUUGCAGAUUAUUAAAAUCAUGGAGAAUAUUUGGCAGAAUCAGGGACUUGACCUCAGGAUGCUUCCGUAUGGCUGUCUGUCAUUAGGAGACUGUGUGGGUCUCAUCGAGGUGGUUCGCAGCUCCCACACCAUCAUGCAGAUUCAGUGUAAAGGAGGCUUGAAAGGAGCCCUGCAGUUCAACUCAAACACUCUGCAUCAGUGGCUCAAGGACAAGAACAAGGGCGAGAUGUAUGACAUGGCUGUUGAUCUGUUUACGAGGUCCUGUGCUGGCUACUGUGUAGCUACAUUUAUUCUUGGGAUAGGAGACAGACACAACAGCAACAUUAUGGUCAAAGAUGAUGGACAGUUGUUUCAUAUAGAUUUCGGCCAUUUCCUGGAUCAUAAGAAGAAGAAAUUUGGCUACAAGAGAGAGCGAGUUCCUUUUGUACUGACACAAGACUUCCUCAUCGUCAUCAGCAAGGGAUCCCAGGAGUGCGCAAAGACCAAAGAGUUUGAGAGGUUCCAGGAGAUGUGUUAUAAAGCCUACCUGGCCAUCCGACAGCAUGCUAACCUCUUCAUUAACCUGUUCUCCAUGAUGCUGGGCUCUGGCAUGCCUGAGCUGCAGUCAUUUGAUGACAUUGCCUACAUUAGGAAGACGCUGGCCCUGGAGAAAACUGAACAGGAGGCUUUGGACUACUUUAUGAAACAGAUGAAUGAUGCUCACCAUGGAGGAUGGACCACCAAGAUGGACUGGAUAUUCCACACAAUUAGACAGCAUGCACUAAACUGAUCUCCUGCACACCAACAAAAAAAUACCAGUCCCACCUUGGAGUAACAGCUCACUGAUGAUGGAAGUUUGCAGCUUGAUUUUUUAUUUUAUUUUUAAGACACCAGUUAAAGCACUAUUUUUUAUUUAUCCAAACGAGGUUCCUGUUUUUCUGCAUUUUCCCCUCCAUAAUCAUCUGCCUCUUUCUGUGGUCUUGGUGGUGCCCUCGCUCUACUCUCUGCUUGUUCUGGGGUCCACAAGAGAGUCCUCUCGUCCUGGUGAAGACGUGCCCUACCUGGCCGAUGCUCGUAUCCUUGGCUACUAUGCUUCCUCUGUUUUUUCCCCAACAAGGAACAAACUGGGUAACAAAGGAAAUUUUGCCCCUUACCCCGCUGCUCUUGCUGGAAAAACACACAUUGUAUCUGCCAAUCUAUAAAUGUAGCUACAAAGUAAGUUCAACUUACUGCCCUUCUGCUGUAUAACGUCUGCACUGUGGCUCCACCCCAGAAAGGAGGUGCUUGGGAACUUUUUUUUUUUUUUUUUUUUUUUUUUAAAUCUCAUCACUGCUGAGAAGAUAGCAGGCAGAAGGAACCGUCUAAGUGAUCUCUCAAGAUACAAGUGUUACUCAACUUGUUGCACAGUGCAGGGUUACUGGAGUAUGGGGGCCUCUAUGAUGACUACCACUGCACAGUCUUCCACCAUCUUUGUGGUGAAGUUGCUCUCCUGAGCUGAUUCAGUGUCAGCUUUCCCACCUUUUAACCCUUUUGUGAGGAAAUUUCGAAGCUCAAAAACUGCAGAAGAGUCUCUGUGUUGUUUUGCACAGCUCCGCAGUCUCCCAUGGCCUCAUGAAAAAGCGCUCCACCCCCAGGAACAUUUGGUGGUGGUGCUGCUUUAGACUGUUGCAUAUGAUAUUAACUUCAGGGUGAUGAUGCCUCUCCAUCAGAAAAAAAACAGCACUUAGAAAUACCAGAAUAAUAUACAGAUUUAUUAUGACUUUUUGAAUUUAUUUAUGUAUCUAGUCUCUUUCAGUUUCUACACAGGCAAAACUCCACUCUCCAGAGACACCCCAUUGUUUGUGUAAAUAUAUUUGGAGGCUUUUUUGUAUUUGUGUUUACCUAUUUGCUUCCUUUUUCUGACAACCACGUGCAACAGCUUUCCACUUUUUGUUGAUUCCAUAGUUUUGCUCAUAUUCGUGAAUUAAGACUGCUGAUGCCUUUUUAUCCUCUGUCACUUUUAAGUCAAACAUCUCAUUUGACAUUAUUAGUAGUAGCCCAGUUUGUUGUAUUGUGGCUAGUUUGCAGCCCUACUUGGAAUUUAUACAAAAAAAAUUUGUUUGGGGAUGCAAAUUGGUGAGAAGGAAAGUGCCAGUGUCACAUUUUAAUAUUAAUGGGACCUGUUUUAAGCCUCUGGAGGUCUGUUUUGUUGGCGAGCAGAAGCCCAGGGGAAUGUCACGUCUUCCUGUUGAUAAAAUGCCUUGGCGUCACAGCACAACACUCCACAACACUGCACACUGCUAAGCCCUACAAACUCUGCCUAAACCAAGUAAGCCAACCAUGACAGCACUAUUAACAUGAAUAGCAUGAACGGCUAGAUUUGACCUUCCUCGUGUAUUAUUUUUUUUACUUCUAACCAUGUGAAGUUGAUGGUCUUUAGCAUGUCUCCCGUUUGAAUGUUUUUAAAAUGUCGACUCAUGGUGGAUAGUUUUUAUUCAGAGUGCUUUUAACUGAGCCCAAAACCCAGGCAGUGUUUGAGCCGUGCUCUCUGUUGCCAUGCUCUUUAUGUUAGAUGCUGAGAUUUUACAGAUUUUUCCCAACAGAAACAUUUAAUUUUUAACGAGUUACAAUGAAAUGAAAUGAAACACUGCAUGUCGGCGAGAUAUAAUCAUGACAAGGCUUUGAACAAAUCCUUCAAAUUUGGUUGGAUCCCUCAAAAGUGGGCAUAGCCUAGUGAAUACAGAGUGAUACAGAGCUGUGGAGGGCUGUUGGUCUCUGCCGACACCUUCCUCAUGUGUUGGUUCAGGAGGGUGAGGAUGAAGGUGAAAUGAAUAAAUUAGACUUAAAGCAGCUGUGCAGAACUUUACGUUUUCAUUGAUAAUAGUGCCCCCUUUGGUCGAAGCGGUAUGACACCCACAGCCUGGUGUCGUAAAAUUCCGACUGCAGCCGGCAUUCGGCUUCAUUCGUAAAAUCUCGUCUACAAACGGCAAUUACCGCAUGCAUUUGUUUUGGAGAGCGAGAGGAAAAUCAUAAGUGUUCUGGUGUAGCUCUGAAUUUCUUAUAAACUGAGGACAACUGCCUGCUGUAUAUUUGUGUUCAUGGUCAAAGUCACAGAUAAUUUUGUGGCGUUUGUUGUAACGUUACUAGACAAAAGCAGUUCACAUCAGCUAACGUUACAUUUAGCUUGCUUAUAACUUCCAUGUCGUCAUAUAUUGAAGUGAAACAACGUCUAACAAGUUGCGGUAUAUUCUCUAAAUAAAAACAAAAAUUACAUACCUGUCGAUUAGGAAAAGGGCCAACUCGGGAUCAGUUUUAAAAGCUUUCAAAUCUCUCAGCUCUCUCCACUUGGUGAAUGCCCGACCGAGGUUUACACGUGUUUGGGCUCGAGCUCUAUCACUGUCCCGUUUAGCCUUCUUCUGUUCUUUUUCUUUUAGAUGGUGCUCCUUCUUUAUCUGCCAUGACAUCGAAAGUACAACCAAGUCCUUAUAGAUACAUCUGGUAAAACUGUUAUGUGUUCUGCAAUGCCCGUUGCAUACCGCUUACUCGAAGAACACUCUCUGUAAACACGGCUCUUCUUCUUCACUCAAUUUAUUGGUGGAUCGCAAACAACUUCCAGGUGCAUACCACCACCUACUGUACAAGAGUGUGCAAUGUGUCCGAAAUCAUUCACUACUCCCUACAACAUGUCAUUUAGCCUGUUUCUUAAAUCCUACUCGUAAACACGGCUCCUUCUUCUUCUGUGGUUUAAUGGCUGCGGGCCACUGCGGGCCGCAGUGGGCGUGCAGACUUACUUCUGCCUCCGGGUGCCGUAUUCUGGUUUUCUGACUCGACCAAGGCUACGCUAAAUAGCCAUAUAGAGAAAGGCUUUUUUGUCGCUGUUGGGUUCAAAUAAAUAUGCGGAUCUUCAAGGGGGGGUGAUACGAACUAGGGACAGUUUUAUAAAUGGUAAAAAGUUCCGCACAGCUGCUUUAAGCUAGAUUCUUUGCACGUGCAGACAAAGUUUUGGCCAACUCAUAUCCAAACACACACCUCGUGCUGUUAUAUCACUUUGCUGGCUACUAUAAGCCACUAGCUAAUGGUGAUGUGGUCUAAUAUGAUGGGCAGUGGCAGCAAUCAUGUUUCACUGAAUUCAUACACCUACAGGUUUAAGAUGAGUCAUCAAAAUAACCUAUUUUACAGAAAGACAGAAGAGCAGGGUUUUGAUAUUAAAACACUGAGAAAAAAAUUUACUUUUUAAAAAAAAACACGUUACAUACAACAAGAGAUAAAGAUUAACAUCGGGACAGGAAAAGCUUGAUAAACGCAUUUUUGGUCCAUUGUGUCUUCAGAGCAGACCAUUGUCACCCUGUCGUGUGAGAUUAGCAAUUCUCUCUAACAUACUGUUCUAAAAGGUGUUUUUAACGAUAAACAAAGAACCUUGAGUGACCGUUAACGGCUUUUCAGAUGAAUUGAGAACUUCUCGUACAGUGUGCUUCGCUGAACAGAAUGUAUUGUACAAGAAAAAGGUGCCUCAGAGCAGCCUCAUGAGCCCCCGACACCCUCACAAUGUAAAGACACCUGGAUGUGUGCGUAGCUAAAUUAUUAUCCUAGAAACUAAAGUGUGAAAUCCAAUCUGCCAGCGCAAGAGAAAGUGUGCACUUUGCCUGCCCAACUGUUGAUUGUAUUGAAAAGCCAAAGUUGUGCUCUGUUCUGAUGUGGCGCACGUGUGUGAUGUCAUGUUACUGCAGCAUUUAACGGCUAGAAUGUAUUUAAUUGCUGACAUAGACCUUAUGCGCACUCAUCUUCUAGGUUCUUGCAUCAUCUUUGUUUGCUUCCUAAAGUCAGAUGCAGUGCCACUGAACACGCAGUAGGUUCUCGGCAGAGAUGGUCUUCUCUUCUUUUUCUUAACGUGCCAAAUCAGGCAUCACUGAGGCCCGGGAAAGCUAAUGCUGGAAUUACAUCACGCAGUAGGGUGGUGAGUUCAGACAGUUACAGACGUUUUUAAAAAAAAAAAAAGGAAAAGGUUGGGGUAUGCACUUAAAAAUCCUAGUUCUCAUUGCCUUUUUGUCCAAAAGGACUCUGUAAGAAGAAAGUUAGCCUAGUAAGCAUGUUUCUCAAGCAGCAUAACACGUGUGUAUGGUGUACAUUUUGACGCAGCAUUAAGCAGUAUGUAUGUACAGUUACAGUCCAACUUCUUUUUCUAUGGUAGGCUUCAUGUGUGACGAACCUGUAGUGUUGGUAUCUUUCCUAUCCUUUCCCAUGUAUCCUCCAAAUUGAUUGUGUGAGUGCGUUUGUGUGCAUUGAUUGUCUCUCUGUACAGGUUGCAGAGCUUCAUUGGCUGGCCCCAAUGAAAAACCCACACUGUGUGUAUAUACAUGUCCAUGUGUCUGUGUGUGUGACGACACUUAACUGUUGAAGUGGUGGUGUCUCUAAAUGUUUUGUAAGCCUUCCCCCCCCCCCCCCGCUGGCUGCUCUGUGCCAGAGAAGGAAAAACAAAAAAUGCUGAAGUUUUUGCAUCGUUUGUAAGGAAACAUAAAGGAGGGGGAACUUUUUUCAUACAUAAGUUGUAAAUGUUUUACUUGAAAUAUCAUGAAUGAAAACCACAGCUGUAUUUUGUUGGUUUAAAGUUGAGACGGAGGUAGUGCAGUGUCUAUUUAGUACUGACUGUGAGAGCGUGUGUGUGUGUGUGUGUGUAUAUUGUACUGUUGAAGGUUGAAGCAUUGUGUACAAGCUGUUUGAUACUGGCGGUGAAUGUAAGUGAUGCCACAGUCCUGAAUUUCAGUGAAGACGCAACUAAACUAAUGAAGGUUGUGCUCGAGUCCAAACUCUUCAAACCAGGUGCAGUGAGAACUAUGACAGUGUUUCGCAGGCUUUAAUAAGAUUUAAUAAUCUUAGAUUUUCAUCAGCCUCAAACUCGUAGAAGUUACGUCCAGCAGCUGAUUAAUAGUUCUCACAUCUUCUCAGAGCAUGUUUGUUUGUUUGAAAGUUCUCCUGACAAUGAAUUGGAGCAGGAAUUGCAAUAUUGUUGCACUAGUUUUUCCUCUUUUUGGACUUUGAUGGCACGCAUGCACCAAAGUCUCUGAAACACAGGUCCAUAUUUACAUAUCCGUCUGCCUGUAUGGAUAAACAAUCUGCAGGAGUUUUAGUAUCAUAUAAUGAUACGUAAUCACUGUACCUGCUGUUUUACAAAGUAAGAUGAAGUUGGAAAUAGUUGAUCUUCAGCCGCCCAUGUGUGCAGAAAAAUACUGAUUGAUUUUCUGUUAAGUUUAACAGAGAGGAGGGAAAUCGUACUGUGCCCCUGCUAAUACAAUCAUAUGGUCUGAGCUAUGAUUCCAAGAUGAACAGUGGACAUAAUAACACAAACACCCAGAUAAUAUAAUGCACCUCAAUGCAAUAUCCAUGCAGUAAAUGCUACUUUAGUGAAGCCUAUAUUGUUCUGUUUUUGAUGGGUCUUUAUUGAAAGGUAUUUCCGUUACUGUUCCUGUUUGUUCACUUGAUGGACAGACGGCCGUUGUAUUUCGUGAAUAUGGCCGCAAUAUGGCUGCUUUCUGUAAAGCAGUUCAAAACAGUCAGUCCCACUUUUAGUGCUGUUUGUUUAAACACAAACUGUGUUGUCUAAAAGCCUUUGAAUGGGCUUUAAACAGGGUGAACAUCCAGGGUUUCAAACUGUUGCACUUCAAACAGCAAAUAUGACUAAUCAUGAAGAUUAUUGAUCAUUUGUGAUCAUUCUUGAGGCCUCUGAAGUGUGCUAAAUUCUUACUUCAAGGAGAAACAUUGACUAAACGGUCUGUGGAUUCAUGUAUGCAGUGCUACAUUACAGUGUACAGCUAAUAUAUUUCCAUAACAUACCAUGCUGUCAGAACCUUAACCUAUACUAUGAAUGAAUGUACAACGGGCCAAUGUAUUGUUUUUCCACAGCCUACCUGCAUGAGAUUGGGUAAAGAUGAAUUUUCAUCUUGCUACAUUGUUUGUUUGUUUGUUUAGUCUGCUAAGCAGCCAUACAGAUGUUUAUAAAUUAAUGCCUUAAGUUUGCUCUGUGUAGGAACAGUUUCAUCGUCAAAAUAACCUGCAUUUUUUUUUUUUUUAUUUAUAAAUGUAUAUUGUGUUUCAUUUUGGCUCCCUGGUCACAGAGUAAAGGUUUGUACCCUGACUGACUGACUGACUGGUCAUCUGAGUGUUCUGUGAAGAUGUACAAAUAAAUUUGUUAAACAUUCACCCAGCUGUGUUUGCUCUCGCAGUGUACGGUCUGUAAUGAAGCAUUUGGUUAAAUCUGGUACGCCAUGACUCUAAUUUUUGAUUUUAUCUUCAGGGUUUUCACUUCAUCAAAAUCUUUGGAAUAUCUCAGUUUAAAAGGGAAUUUCAGCAACUCAGAAGGACUAAAUCUGAUUGUUUAUUCUCUGUGAAGAACAACAACAUCAGUAGAUCAGAACAACCAUUUGGGUCAAUGACAGUGCAACAACUCUGUUAAAGGAAAUCAUGGAAACAGCAUCAAAAACACUGAACUAUUUCUCAUGAUAAAACAGAGCUGAAUAUUUAUUAUUUGUUAUGAAUGAGGUGCUUUUAUGUUCACACUGAAACCAGCACAUGACAUUUUAUUUUCUUACAAAUUUUUCCCGUUUGACAAUGACAGGUUUACGAUGUACCUUUUCCCAUGUUCUCACAUCUCUAAUGAAUGGACACAGAAAAUGAAUUGCUCAUUAUUUUGAUUUACUCAAACUGACACUGAUUUUCCUCAUGUAACUAGCAAUUAAUGUGGUAACAAUCUAGAGCUCUGUCAUAAUUUUUAGUCCUUUUUUCCAGCGCUUACUGAGGAGUUACAAGGCUCCUUUUUUUAACCUAAACUGCUUAUUUUAUUAAGAUUUCACGUGUAGUUGUAAAUCUUCAUAACACCCCUGAGGAUGUUCCUUCUAAAAAGAAA